AUGAGUGAGGAGAAAGUGCGUCCUUUUGGGCUUGUUCUUAUGCGUGAGAGAGAGACUCAAAGAGGCAUGAGCGGAGUAGAAGUUUGGGUUGGAGAGCUGGAGCUUAGUCUGCAGCGAAGAGAGUUGACCACAAAUAUGUCCGACUGCGGCCGGCGGGGCCCUGACCGACGCUCUCCUCCCAGUGCCAUGUGGCCGUGCUCUGGGCGGGAGAGGGAUUUUUCCAUCCUGCUUCCUCUGCUCACAGAGCUGAAGGAAACGCACUGCAGAUGUGGGGGAAAUGGAGAAGAGCACAGGAGCGCGGCGAGGUGGGAGUCCACAGAAGUGCACAUCGAGUGCAUGUCAACAAUAGAAUGA